ACGGUCCGCUGUGUGCACGACAGGUGGUGGGUCUCCACCUGUUGAAUGAACUCUGUCAGCGUUGGACACUACCAUGGGCUGCGGGUGGGCUCGUCUCUGCUCAGCAUCGUGGCGGGCUGCAUAAUCGGGGUGUCCAGGGAGUGUGAUGCUGAUGCUGUAGGAGGCAUCUUCCUGGGAGCAGGGGGCCUUGGCCUGCUUAUAUCGAUCUUCCCCUUCAUAAAAGCUUGGCUUAACAUCAACAACAUUCUUCCGUCUUUUGGAAACUUCAGAGUGCACCCCACAACUGCCAACUGCUCCGAGCAACCUGUAGAUGCACUAAAAAGAGAAGGGACUCAAAGUCAGCUAAAUCUGGAACGUUCUAAGAGUCGUAUGACUUUUGUGGACAGCUCAGCAGGAUCCCUCAGAGAAACAUCCUCAGACAUGCCAGAUGUCUUAUCUAGACGGAAAUUCAAGCAGUCACCUCCUGAUCAAGAGUUGCCAUGA